AUGUCAUUCACCACCAAAGAUAUUUUGAAUGGUCUAGAACAGGCUAGAGAGGCUGGUUUCAAUGAUCCAUCACUUUUUCCUCAAGUUGUUAGACAAGUAUUGAAUUUUGUCACCAAUGAUGAUAUUUUAAUCAAAUACUGGUGUUCUACUUUCCUUAAGGACGUCUUUGAAUCAGACACAUUGAAAUAUAGUGAUAAAGUUGAUUUAGCUAUCGACACCAUGGAAUCAUUAAUCUAUUUAUCCAAUGUUGAAGAUUUAAAGAUCUUUAAACAUGUCAUCGAUAUUGCUAUAACCAUUUUCAAAUUAGUUUUCCAAUUUGUAGCUGAAAAUGAUGGUUGUGAAGAUGUUUGGGCCAAUUUAAAUAAGUUGAAAAUGAGUUUAACUAGUAAAUUCAAUGGUACUUGGCCAUUAAAAGAUAGUGAUGAUGAAGAAAAAGAUAGAUUUAGAAAUCUUUUGAGUAAAAUUGAACUCAUUAAAUUCAUAAUAGUGGUCAUUGACUAUCAAACAUACUCUAAUUCGAAUGUCAAUUCUUUCAAUUGUAGAAUGGUCAACAUAAAUCAUUCUUUAAUCAAAAGAGAUGCAAUUCAGGCCGAAGCUACAAGUUUAUUGAAUAACUUAUUAGACAUUUUCAAAAACGAUGUGUUGGUUCCACCUUUAAUCAAUCCUGUAAUUAUCCAAUUAUCAUUUUUAAUGAAAAGAAAAGACCAAUUUGUCACCAAAAUCUUAACAGUAAUCGAAAAUUUUGAAACCCAUGAGAAACUUCAAUCCAAUUAUCAAACUAUAGAAGAAUUCAAAUUGAGUAGGAAAUAUGUUGAUAGAAUAAUCAGAAUCUUCCUCAUCCAUUUACAAAAAUUCAAAUUAAUCCCUGGAGAUUUCCAAUCGAGUAUGAACAAGAAAGUGCAGGUAUUAAUUGAAAGAGGUGAUGAAAUCAGACGUAAAAAUAUUGUCGACCCUUCACCGCUUGAUGAAAAUAUCAAGAAAGUUAAGUUCACUGGUUUCGCCAACUUUUCGAAGAAAGUCAAAUCUUUGGAAUACAAGGAUUUGUAUUCUUUAAACGAUGAAUCUAAUCAAUUGAACUUUGAUUUGUCAACUUUACCUCCACAAGUAUUGGUCACUAUGAUCAUGACAGCCAUGAGAAAAGUUGAAGGCAAAAGAUUAAAUAAAGCUCUUGACAUCGUCAGUGAAAGGUAUAAAUAUGCUUUAGAAAAUCAAGAAGAAUUAAAGAAUAAACGUAUCAAACUAGGUAUGGAUGAUGAAGAUGACGAUGAGGACGAUGGUGUGACCAAUUAUGACACAAAAUCGGUUUAUAAUUUACCACCACCAAAAGAGUUAUCAUUCCAAGAGAAAAGAGAACAAAUCAAUAUGAUCAUCAGAAAUUUUUUCAAGUUAUCUGAAACAAAUAUUAAAGAAGUUGAAGAAGCAAAACAAGAAGAAGGUAUUAACAAAGAACUCACAAAGAUUGCUAUAAAACAUUGGGAGAAGAAAUCAUGGUUAGUAAUCUUAACUAGGUUGGCAACCAGAGGUAUGAGAACCAUAGAUUCCAAUGAUCAUUCCAUAGAUAACGAUAAAAAUUCCGAAUUGAGCGAUUUGAUAAGGAAUGCUUUGAUGGACUUUUUCUUGGAAAAUAUCCAUGCUAGAAUUGAUUUGAUUAUUGAAUGGUUGAACGAAGAAUGGUACAGUGAGACUGUUUAUAAUGAAUUGAAAACGAAAAACGAAAUCAAAUUGAAAUAUAUGAAAGAGUACGAAUCUGGAAACAUAACCGAUUUGGAUUAUAAGAUCAAUGAAGAAUUCGAAAAACUCGAUAUUCCAACUCCAAUCUAUGAUAAGUGGUCUACUAAAAUCUUGACUUCUAUCAUUCCCUUUUUGGAAGCUAAUGACCGUAAAAUCUUCAUCAGAUUGUUGAGUGAUUUGCCAGUGUUAUCGCCUCAAUUAGUGGGACAGAUCAAAUCUUUAUGUGUUGAUCCUGUCAGAAGUAAAUUGGGUUUCUUGUCUAUACAGUAUCUUUUGAUGUUCAGACCCCCUGUGAAGGAAGCAUGUCUUGAUGUUUUAAAGCAAUUGAGUGAGAUAGAAGAUAGUAAAGAAGAGGCUGAAAAGUUGUUGGCCAAGUUUUCGGCUUAA